AGACGCACAGGACGCAGCGGCGACGCCUAGUUCGCUGGCGCUAUUUUGAGAUAAUGAUGGUGUUCACCUGCCUCAUCGGAUGCGAAGCGACGCGAGCGCCUAACAACUUCGUCCUUCGCUGUCCACGCUAGACCUCAGAUAGCAUGGCCUUCAAGCUGACGCCCAUCGAGAGCUUACGCGCCUGUGGCGUGCUGGAGGAGUCACUGGAGAAAAUGAGCUUCCUGGGCAGCAUCACACCGGAUAUCCUGCAGCAUCGCGAGGAGCUAUCGCAGGUUGUGGGCGAGGAGAUCUCCCGUAUCAUCCAAGAGCAGCGCCAACUGGAGAACAAAUACGAGAAGCUCAUCGCUCAGCGAGCAGUGCUGAAAGGAUUGGCCAAUAAAUCCAAGUUCAAAGAGAACCAGCGAGAGAUCCAGGAGGUCAGUCGACUACUGCGAGAGUCCACCAAAAGCUUAUGUCGCAAUCUCAAGGAGAACCCCAAUUUUGCAGGGAAUCUCCUGAAAAUUCAGCAGGAACGCGAAGGUCUUUUGGAGCUGCUUGGACACACUUUGACAGAGAUGAAGAAGCACGGGACGUUCGACACGUUGCUCACGUUCGUGGCUGAGGGCAAGAGCACACAGGAGAAGGCGCACGAAAUCCUCAAAAAGGAACGUGAAGCGGUGGAAGAAGUGAAAAGACUCGGCGCAGAACUGGCGCGUGAGAAACUGGAGCAUCAGAAGGAGGUGACCGAGCACAAGGCGGCCAUCCUUCGAUUAAAAGAGCAGAUUCUCGCUGUCAAGUCCAAGACUCAAAUCGAUAUUCGCUAUGCGCGAAAUGAAGCCAAGGCGAAGCGAAGCAGUACAGCGCGAAUGUAUCAUCAGCUUAUGGAAGAGCAACACGACCGCAUUAAGGAUCUGCAGGGUAAAUGCGCGACGGAAACAAAGGUACACGACGAGACGGUACAUUUCCUCAAAGAUCGUCACGAACAACUUCAAACGGAGUUGGCCGAAUGGAACGCAAAGUACCAGCAAGACAUCCAAGCGAAGCAAGCACAAUUGCAAGAGCUACAGGAACGCAAGGCUGCAAAUGCACAGAGGCUGGAGAAUUUCCAGAAACGAUGGCAAGAAGAGAUGACGACUAUCAAACAAAAGGAAGAAGAACGUCAGAGGUUAUUGGAGCUCGAAGCAUUGCGCAAGGAGGAGCUGAAGGCGCAGAAUACUGCUGCUAGGAUCAUCCAGGUCGCUUAUCGCACACACAUGGCCAAAAAGGAGGAGAAACGAAAGGCUGCGGAGUCGGAGAAGAAAGGAGGAAAGAAAGGAGGCAAGAAGAAGGGCAAAAAGUAGGAUACCCAUGUUAUUGGAAUGAAUAAUCAAAAGUCAGGGUUUACCACUGAUUGUCCAA